CAAUCUAGACAAACUCAAGGCCUUUGAGAAGAAGCAUGGACACUGCAUAGUCCCUCACAGCACUUCUGGACUUGGGAAGUGGGUGCGCCAACAGCGGUUUAAUGCAAAGAAUGGCACCCUGUCCAAGAAAAGAAAGGAUACGCUCAAUGAGCUUGGUUUUUGUUGGAGUACACGUGAUGAAGAUUGGCAAUCCAAAUUUGCUCUCUUGCAGCAAUAUAAGCAGCAAAAUGGUCACUGCCAAGUUCCACUGAGUGACAGAAAGCUGGGAUGUUGGGUCAAUGACCAGAGGAUAGCACGUAAAAAAGGAAACAUGCGUGAGGAACGGUUCCAGCAACUAGAAGAAAUUGAAUUUGUCUGGGAUGCCAAGAAGCUGGCAGCGAGAGCAAAGCCUUCUGCUGCAGAAAUUAGCUCGGAUGAAGAAGCGGAAGGGGAGGAGCCGGAUGCAGCAGGUCCAAUGCCUCCCAGAUUGCUGGGAGCAUCUCAGGCUGAUCGAUCCAACAAGCGAGCUGUGAAGAAACGGCAUGCAGCUGAAGAGGAGGAAGAUCGGUCCCUGCCCGACGACGCAGAGGAAGAGGACUCUGAUGAAGAACCCUCCAGUUACGGCAUUGCCACACGAGCCAAGAAGCGCGCUGCCAAUGGAACGUGUGUCAAGCCGUCCAAGGUUGUUGCUGCAGAAACCCAGCCGGAAAGAGAAGAGCAUAAAGAAGAUGAGGAGGUAGCAACUGAUAAUGUUGCUCCACCUUUUGAGAAUCACAUAGCCCCAGAACUCUUUGUUUCUGAGCCAAAUCUCGUGAAGCCAAAGGGUCCUUCAUACAUACAACUGCAAGAGGAAAAGCUUCAUCAUUACAAUGAACGCCAAAGUAGCAGGAAAAAGCGGCGCCGUCGAAAUGAGAGGAACGAUUCAGGUCACGAAGGAGAAGAUAGGGAAGAGGAGGCUUCACAGAUUCAACUGCUUCGAGAACUGGUUGCUGCGCAGAGGGAAUUGAUUGAGGAGAAGAGCAACUCAGCGGCAUUGCAGAAGAAGGUGACUCAGCUGCAAGAAAGGGAGAAUCGUCGUCUCCAGAAGAAGCUUGGGCGCCAAAAGAUGGCUGAGUCGGAUGAUGAUGAAGAAGAAGAAGCAUCUGACUCCAAAGAAGACUCGGAUGGCGAUGAUGAAUCAACCAGCCGGCCUAAUGCCAAGAAGCACCCCAAAAGCCUCAAGAAGUUGAUCUUUGCACUUGAACAAAGCCGUAAAAACAAGCGAAGCACGAUCAAGCUUGAGGAGGACACAUUCCAUGAUUAGCAGGAUUCUGUGCUAAGCAGGAAUUCCAUCCAUUGGAAUGCAGCCCUCUAGCUAGAGCAGGCGGACGUGAAAGCUCUUGGAGGAGGACCCUGAUCGUCAUUGGUUAGUUAGGAAGCUUUGAUCCAUCUGAUUCGGUUUGUCUGAGAGAAGGGGAUCAUGCGAAUACAUAUUAUUAUUUAUUAACCGUGGAAACCUC